GCAACUGGAGUUACUGCCACUGCCUGUGCAUGGCACAGAUGUUUUGUUCCACACUCUGUGGUGGAUUUUCAGAAGGGUGAAUACCACAUAAAUGUUGACUACUCUAUAUGCAAUGCUAUCAAUUACAGAUCAGAUCAAUUUGACACCUCCCUUAUCAUUUAUGACAUAGCAUGUCAGUGGUGCAUUCAUUUG